AUGAGAGGAAUUCACUGGUAUUUCAUUGCCCCGUACGCCUAUGAGCAAAAUGGCAAGGUUGAGCGUCUUAUGCGUACUGUUGGUGAGAGAAUGCGAUACAUUCUAGCCGAUAGCAAGCUUCCUACCUUCCUAUGGGCUGAAGUCAUGAAAACUGUUAUUAUCGUGAGAAACAUGACGGUUUAUAAUGGCCGUAAGAUGUAUGGAAGACCUCCUAUUACACCCUUCGAGCUUCGCUACGUCUUCCCACGUGAAGCUAUUCACCAAAGCGAAGAAGGACGCCACCUAGCUCUGAGAGCAGAGCUUGGCUACCUCACUGGAUACACUGGCUAUAGCGGCGCCCAAUAUCGCGUCUAUAGACCAUUUCCUAAUAAGAAAGGAGGCACAAUGCAUGUCGUGGGAGAUGCAAUCAUUGAUGAAGGACCCGAUUGGGAUCUAUAUAAUGACCCUGACACCCCGACAACACCUACUAGCAUCCAGCAAGAGACCCAGCCAGCCUCUCCAGCUAUUUCCGGGCCCGUCAACCUCCAUGGCCCUGAUCCAGAGGACUCCGACGACCCCAAAAAUGACGAAUUCUACGUAUUAGACGAGGAUUCAGAUCAAUCCGAGGUCUUAGACGCAUCGGACGUCUCCGACGCCGAUUCUAGAGACCCAAUUCAGCUAUUUUCAACGGCUUUAAGAGCUAAAAAAGCUGAGAUUCAACGCUAUAAAGACUAG